AUGAAUGCGUUCUUUUCUCAUUUUCUUUACCCGCUAAUUUCAAGACCAACUCACCUUACUUGGUACAGCGCCACCCUGAUUGAUAACAUUUUUACAAACAAUAUUUCUGCCUCGCGUGACAAUGGACUUAUUAUUAACGAUCUGUAUGACCAUUUACCAAUCUUCACACUCUGUUACACUGAUACAUUCUUCAACAAUUAAUUAAGCCUAAGGAAAGUGUUACCAUUUGCAACUUCUCUAGUCAGAAUAUUAAUAAUGCAUUUAACAACCUCGUAUGAAUUUGAUUGGAAUUCUCUAAUUUAUGCUGAUGCCAACGCCGCUUACAAUGGGUUCCUACAAAAAUAUACCGAAUUUAUAACAAGAGUUUUCCGAUAA